AUGUGGAUGGCAGGAGUAGCAGUGGAUGUUGGGAAUAGGGUGGAGUGUGAUGGAGCCCUUGGGACAGUGAAAUGGAUCGGAGAAGUUCCUAGCACACAAGGUGUAUGGUACGGAGUGGACUGGGAUGACGAAAACCGAGGGAAACACGAUGGUACUCACAAUGGAAUUAAAUACUUUGAAACCCAGUAUCCAAAAUCAGGAUCUUUUGUCCGUCCAACCAAAGUGAGCUGUGGUAUGACAUUAGAGGCAGCAGUGCGAGGAAGAUACCAGGAUGACCCAACCAUUGAGACUCACGUGACUGAUAUGCUGCAAAAGACAAUCAAUGCAAGAUUUGUAGAAGUUGUUGGGAUGGAGAAGAUAGGAAAGAAGCAAAGGAGGAAACUUUACAAGAGAAACAGAGCUAGGGUGAAAAGCAACAAGGAACCCAAGCCACAUGUGUGUCACGAGUGCACUAUCUCCUAUUGCCACAUGUAUAAUCGUAUAUCAAUUGAAUUACAGCAGGUAAAAGACAUUGAAACUGUGGAUAUGAGUGAGUUGAUCAUGGAGGCUAGAGUGUUGCCUCAAGAAAUGGAAGUCAAUAAGUGGCGGCGGUUGCAGCUAGACGGCGAGGCGAUGGCCAGUUCCAGUUUAGCUCAUCUUUUAGAGAAGAGUAUAGUAGAACUAGUGGGUUUAAGGGUAGCUGCUUCAAAUGUGGGGGUCCUCACAUGGCAAGAGUGUAAAGAGCCAAGACCUGCCUUAAGAUGUUACUCUUGUGGAAAGGAAGGUCACAUAGCAAGUCGUUGUGACCAGGGAAACAGUCAUGGGGUAGCUGUUGCGCCGGAAGUUACCCUCUUCGCCAGUUGA